AUGACUAUAGCAGAUCAGUUGCAUGGGAUGAAUGAUGUUUUAGGACAAAAACCAUCAACUGAAACCUCGUCAAACGCUGAUUUUAAUGCCGACGAUGAGGACAGUUGGCUCUUUGAAGAAUUGAACCGUGAAGAAGCAAUUCAUACGUUACAAAAUCAAUUAGAUGGUACAUUUCUUGUACGCCCCAGUAGUACAAUAAAAGGCGAUCUUGUUCUUUGUGUUAAAGAAGGUUCGAAAGUUAGUCAUUAUAUAAUCAAUGUAUAUCAUGAAGAUAUAAAAUUAAUAUAUAAAAUUGGUGAUAAAACAUUUUCAAGUAUGAAAGAUCUUUUAAAUUUUUAUAAACAACGAUUACUUGAUACGUCACCACUUACUCGAAUUUGUCCAAAACCUCGUGUAAGAACGAAAUAUAAAUUUGAAGGAAAAGAUGAUGAAGAUUUACCUUUUAAAAAAGGACAAAUUUUAAUGAUUAUUAAAAAAAUAGAACCAUUAUGGUGGUUAGCAAGAAAUAGCAUAGGAGAUAAAGGCAUGAUUCCAGCUAAUUAUGUUGAAUAUAUUCGAGAUGAUGUUUAA